AACACCCGGCCUGCACGAUGAGCUGUCCCCCAAGGGUCAUUCCAUGUAAUCUCACACGUGGUGACAAGGUGACCAUUUCAGAAUUUAGUCAUAUAUGGCACAUGGAUACAGUACAAUGAGUUCCAGGAACAUGAUAUAACCAAGCAUUUUCAGUCACUGCUACUUUCUAAUGAAGAGAAUUCCAACAUACAAAAAUGGGAGCACUGCUGCUAUGGAAGCUCAUAAAAAUGCCUUGUGGGAACAGCUGCAGGUCAGACAGAAUGUGGCUUUCAUUUACCAUGAGAUUGGAUACACAAGGCGUAUUUCCCUGGCAUCAACUGGAUUUAAAGAUGUUGAGAUUAACUGCAUGCCUACUGCUAAUCACAAUUUCUUUCAGGCCCAAUAGGAAUGGUGCUGUUUGGGGGCCCUUCUCCAAUGUUAUAUGUAAAAUGGACAUCCCAUCCUUACGCAGACGCAGUCCACAGCUGUAUAAACUUGAUAAUAAAUGCUAUGAAGAAAAAUCAUACCUCUCACCUUUAAGUGAACUAAUUUCAUUUUUGCAUCAAGAUAUCAAGAAAAACAUAGUUAUAUGCAAGUCCAUGCCGGGCACAGCAUCCUUCAUCAUUUUCACCACAUCUCCAUUCAUUAAUGAAGAAGAAAAAGUUUAUGGACUACUUAUAUCACUGUGGAGGAAGGUUUUUCCUUUUUGCUUAAGUACUUUUAAAGUGUGA